CCCCAUUCUCUUAAGCUUUGUCAUUUAGUCUCUUUUCCUUCUAUAUGAACUCAAAAGCCUCCAUUUUUUUCCUUCAUCAUCAACAACAGGCAUGGACUCAGCGGAGCCACCCCCUCACGGCCUAACCAAAGAAGAAUACACCGAGCUUAAGCCAUUGAUCCAAACAUACCACAAAUUCGAGCCAAUACCCAACACAUGCACGUCCCUCAUAACCCAACGCAUCGACGCUCCGGUCCGAGCCGUAUGGCCAUUCAUUCGUAGCUUCGAAGCACCUCAAAGAUACAAGCACUUCAUAAAAAGCUGCAAUAUGAGCAGCGGCGACGGCGGUGUAGGAAGCGUUAGGGAAGUCACCGUCGUUUCGGGUCUACCGGCGUCGACGAGUACGGAGAGGUUGGAGAUGUUGGAUGAUGAGAAGCAUAUAUUGAGUUUUAGGGUCGUCGGUGGUGAACAUAGGUUGAGGAACUACCGGUCGGUGACGUCGGUGAGUGAGUUUAAAGAGGAAGGUAAGGUUUAUACAGUUGUUUUGGAAUCUUAUAUCGUUGAUAUACCGGAAGGGAAUAGUGGAGAAGAUACGAAGAUGUUUGUGGAUACGGUGGUGAAGUUGAAUCUACAAAAGCUUGGGGUUAUUGCAAUAGCCGGUUCAGUUCAUGGACAUGAUUGAAUAUUAUUAUUAAGGGGUGGUUUUUGUGAAGAUGAUGUUGGGUUUUUUAUUGAUGGGAUGGUAAAAGUAUGUAAUAAAAGUUUGAUUUUAUUUCUUUUAAGUAAAUUAGUAUUUGUACUAAA